AUGUUAGAAGAUGGAACCAUAGCACACGGCAGAGGACACAGGCACCCCACACUCCUAAUUGUGUUGAAUUUCGAAGACUUUGCUGCUGGCUGCAGCACUGGAAUGGAGGCAAGUAGAAGACAUGGAUCACCAGAGAGUUGCAUCAAUCCCGUUCUCUAUGUGUUCUUUUCCCGAGACUUUAAGGAUAGGUUCUUCAAGUCCAUCCCAGCCAGGCUGGAGAAAGCCUUCUCUGAUAGAUAUUUAUUCAACAUGGAAACCACAGAUGACAAUCAGUCCCAUGAAAAUUAUACUGCCGGGGGCAAUGACACUUUCUAUGUUUCGUCCACUGUUUUUCCAUAUCUGAAGGCUUUUUGCAUCACUUGCUACAGUUUCGCAUGUAUUGUUGGAAUUUUGGGAAAUGGUUUAAUCAUUUGGAUCGCUGGGUUCAAGAUGAAGACCGUCAGUGCAGUGUGGUUCCUCAACUUGGCCAUCGCUGACUUCCUGUGCUGCUCCUUUCUUCCCUUUGCCAUUGUAGAAUGGUCUUUGUUCACCUUCUCUUAUUUUCCUGAAGAGUUGUGUAAAAUCAGUGUAAUGGCAUUGAUUCUAAACAUGUGCAGCAGUGUCUACUUCCUUACCAUCAUCAGCAUUGACCGUUGUGUGUCCAUACUAAGGCCAAUUUGGGCAAAGCUACAAAGGACACGCAAAUUAGCACACAUUAUUUCUGGCAUGGUUUGGGGGUUUUGUCUGAUUUUGAGUGUUCCAUUCGUUGUCAUUCACAACCUGCACCUUGACUUUUCAGAUUGUAUGGAAAAGUCCGAGCAAAUUGUGUACAGUUCUUCAGAUCGAUAUGUGAGAAUGUUGCGAAAAACUAGAUUUGCCAUAAUGUUUGUGCUACCUUUCAGUGUUAUCCUUGUUUGUUAUGGACUUAUAUUUCUGAAGCUGAAAAAAAGGAGGGGACCAAAACGAUCUCAGCAUUCCUACCAAAUAUUAAUUGCAGUUGUGUUAUGUUUCUUCAUAUGCUGGUUCCCAUAUUAUACGUGGCCCCUCAUCCACAUUGGCAAAGCUAAAUACCAACUGGAUAACCUGAUCAAUGAAAUUUUCAUAUGUCUGGCUUACUUCAACAGCUGCAUAAAUCCUAUUCUCUAUGUAUUCUUUUGCCGAGACUUUAAGGACAAUGUCAUCAAAUCAAUUCCAGCCAGGCUGGAAAGCGCCUUCUUGGAUAGAUCUGAACUUCAAAGUAGUGUGGAAAUGAGUGGAUAA